CAGCUCCCUCUGCUGGUGAGCUUCGCGCCAACAACAACUGAGCACACCGAACUCGAAUACCGACUAUUUGACCCACCAGAUUGAGGAAACGAAAUACCUACAUUUAUAGUUUAAAGCGGGUUAUCCUGCGAAGCCGCCAAAAUGAGCGACAUACCUAGUAACACCUCCAACACGGAUGAGGCCAAGGAGCCGGUCUCGCUGUCGGGCAUGAUUGUGACCUUGGUCCCGAUCCUCAUCACAUCCGCAAUCUACCUAGCGAUUUUCUUGGUUUUGCGCAAGAGCAACCGAAGAUACUAUGCUCCCAGAACCUACCUUGGCAGUCUGCGAGAAAAUGAACGAUCACCAAGCUUAUCAAGUGGCCUUUUCAGCUGGGUCAAAGAUUUCUGGAAGAUACCCGACGUUUACGCCCUUCAGCACCAGUCGCUCGACGCAUACCUGUACAUCCGCUACUUGCGCAUGGCCGUCACCAUCUGCUUCGUCGGUUGUUGCAUCACCUGGCCCGUCCUUUUCCCCGUCAAUGCCACCGGCGGUAACGGCUUGAAACAGCUGGAUAUCUUGACUUACGGCAACAUCAACCGCGAGACACAAUACAACCGCUACUAUGCCCACGUUUUUAUUAGCUGGAUCUUUUUCGGUUUCGUCAUGUACCUCAUCAUGCGAGAGUGCAUCUUCUACAUCAACCUUCGCCAGGCCUUUCUCAUCAGUCCUCUUUACUCGCAACGCAUCUCGUCCCGUACUGUCCUCUUUACUUCGGUCCCAGAACCCUACCUCGACGAGCAAAGGCUGCGCAAGGUCUUUGGCGCCUCCGUCAAGAAUGUGUGGAUCACAAGCGAAACUAAGGAGGUUGACGAACUGGUCGAGGAGCGCGACAAGGUUGCCAUGCGCCUCGAAAAGGCCGAGGUCAAGCUGAUCAAGCUUGCCAACAAGAUCCGCCGAAAGGCCAUGAGCAAAGGUGAUGUCAACGACGUUGACAAGCAGGCCCCCCUGGAUGCCGAGUCCGGUAGCAUUGCGGCCCGCUGGGUCCCUAGGAACAAGCGCCCGACUCACCGUCUUGGACUCUUGGGCCUGAUCGGCAAGAAGGUCGACACGAUCGACUGGUGUCGCGAGGAGCUUACGCGUCUCAUUCCCGAGGCUGAGGCAGCCCAGGACAAGUACCGCGAUGGAGCCUUCAAGAAGGUCCCCGGCGUUUUCAUAGAGUUCAGGACCCAGGCCGAUGCUGAAGGAGCUGCCCAGAUCCUGGCCCAUCACCGGGGACUGCACAUGACGCCCAAGUACAUCGGUAUCCGUCCCAAUGAGAUUGUGUGGAAGUCGCUAGCCAUUCCUUGGUGGCAGCGUGUCAUUCGUCGCUAUGCCGUCUAUGCCUUCAUUACCGCCAUGAUUAUCUUUUGGGCCAUUCCUGUGGGUGUUGUUGGCAUCAUCAGCAACGUCAAUUACCUUAAGACUAUCUCAUUCCUGACAUGGCUCGACGAUAUCCCCGGCUUCAUCUUGGGCGCUGUUACCGGUUUGCUGCCCUCCGUCGCUCUUUCCAUCCUCAUGUCUUUGGUCCCGGUCGUCAUCCGUAUUUGUGCCAAGCUCUCCGGCGAGCCCUCGCUCUCCCGAGUCGAGCUGUUUACUCAGCACGCUUACUUUGCUUUCCAGGUGAUCCAGGUGUUUUUGGUGGCUACUGUCGCCUCAUCUGCCACUGCCGUCGCGAAGCAAAUUGCUGACAAUCCGGGCUCGGUGACGAAGCUCCUUUCCGAGAACUUGCCAAAGUCUUCCAACUUCUACAUUUCCUAUUUCAUUGUACAGGGCUUGAGCAUUGCGACUUCGGUCUUGACGCAGGUAGUCGGAUUCUUCGUCUUCAACCUUCUGUACAAGUUCCUUGCCAAUACCCCUCGUGCUCUUUACACUAAGUGGGCGAACCUAAGUGCCAUUUCCUGGGGUAGUACCAUGCCAGUCUAUACCAACAUUGUGGUCAUCGCCAUUGCGUACGCGACUAUUGCUCCUCUUAUGCUGGGCUGGGCUACGGUCGCUAUGGGCUUGUUCUAUCUCGCCUGGCGCUACAAUGUCCUGUUUGUCACGGACACUCAGAUCGAUACGCGCGGCCUCAUUUACCCUCGUGCAAUCAAGCAGCUCUACACUGGCAUCUACCUGGCUGAAAUUUGCAUGAUUGGCCUUUUCGGUGCCUCUGUUGCCCCCGGUCCGCUUGUCCUGAUGGUGGUCUUCCUCAUCUUCACUAUCCUCUUCCACAUCAGCAUGAACGCUGCCCUCAACCCGUUAUUGUAUAAUCUGCCUCUUACUCUCCUUGCGGAGGAGGAGGGCCCUCUGCUCGACACUCCCGUUGACUCGCAUACCGCUGAGAACGGGCUUGGUGGCGAAUUGCGCAAUGGCGUUAGCCCGACAACUGGCGCUAACUCUACCGAGAAGGUUCCGUCAAACGGUACCAACGGUGCACAGAGCCGCGCAGAAGAUCCUAUUCUUGGUGCGAAGGAAGCCCUUGAUGCUUCGAGGCACCAGCCCAACCACGUGACGGGCAAGAAACCCAACUUCUUGGUCAAAUUCCUCAAGCCCUGGAUCUACUCGGAUUACGACACCCUGCGGGCUUACCUCCCUAGGGGUGUCCAGCUCGAUCCGUACACCGAAGAGGUCGAAAGAGAUGCGUACUGCCCGCCCAACGUCACGUCGGAUGUACCGCUUCUUUGGAUCCCCAGCGAUGCCAAUGGUGCCGGUGUGUCUCGCCAGGAGGUUGAGCACACAAGCCGAGUCGUCCCCAUCACGGAUGAGGGCUGCGAGUUGGAUGAGAAGGGACACUUGGUUUGGGAUCGGGAGGGAACUAGGCCUCCUAUUUGGGAGGAGAAGAUCUACUACUAAAAGUAGAUCCAUUCUGUCCAACGCCUUUUGUUUGUUACCUCGGUGGAGGCACGAUCAACUUAAUAUCCUGACGUCGUUGCCCAUGGUUUGGAUUGGAACCUUGGUCUUUCGAACUCUUUAUACCCGGCAUACUGGCCUCCUUACCUAACGAGAAGUAAUAAUUUUUCUCAACUGAUUGUUUGUCAUGGCCUUUGUCCUAAUCACUAUUCGACUAUGGGGUUUUUGUCUGUUGCGAGCUUGGAGUAA